AAAUACAUCAGCAAAAUGGUUAGCUACCAUCCCUAGCAUAGUUUCAAAGGCAUCGCAUUUUCGGGAAUUGUUAAUUACAUUUGUGGUUAAUUUAUUUCCUGCAACAUGGUGAAGCUAACCAAGUCAAGCAGAGAAAGUGAGCAUGAGGCACAAAACCGCAGCAGCGAUGAAGACACAAAACCCAAUAAUGUAAAGUCAAAGUCAGGCAAACAUGCUGACGCCGCACAGCGUGAGCGGGGAACACGCCAAGCAAAAACAAAACGCUCUACAUCCAGGUCAUCCAGUAGCAGCGAGAGCAGCAGUAGCAGUAGCAGUAAUGAAACCAGAGACAACAAACGCACUUCAAAAUCAAAAGCAAUACAAGAGACUGUGUCACCCAAGCGAGAGAAACAGCAGCAACGCGAGUAUGCAACUCCGGAGAGCAAAGUGCAAGAACAGCGCUCCAAAUGGGACAGCCCGGAGCGAAACAGCGCUGAGCAACGACACAAUUCCAGUCGGAACAUAAACAAGGUGCGAAAACGCAGCCACAGUCGCUCACGAAGCCGCGAGCGUGAAAGAGAGCGAGAACGCGAAAGAGACAGAGAUAGGGACAGAGAACGUGAAAAGGAACGUGAGCGGGAACGGGAUCGUGACCGAGAUCGCGACAAUCAAAUGCGCCGUGGCCGAGAUAGAGAGCGCAGCAAAGAGCGUAGAUCUCAACGAUCACGCAGUAAUGAGCGUCGACAGCGUUCGCGUCGUUCACCCGAGGCACGUCGGUCUCCUGAGUCGCGUCGUCGCAGUCGUAGCCGUAGUCCUCAUGAUCGUUCGUAUAGAGGUGGCGGUGGCGGUGGGACAUCUAGGCGUCCACAGCAGCGUCGCAACGAUAAUCGCCAAAAGGAUGAUGAGUCCUUCGAGUGGGGCAAACCCAACGAUGACAAAAAUAAGCCGUCAGCCGAGGAUGAGCCCGUGGAGAAGGAGAAACCCAAUUUCGGCUUGAGUGGCGCACUUACCGAGGACACAAACAAAGUCAACGGCGUAGUAGUCAAAUAUUCUGAGCCACCCGAGGCACGUAAACCAAAACGUCGCUGGCGUUUAUACCCAUUCAAGGGCGAAACAGCGCUUCCCACACUGCACAUACACAGGCAAAGCUGCUUUCUGGUUGGACGCGAUCGUAAGGUAGUCGACCUGGCAGUAGAUCAUCCCAGUUGCUCCAAGCAACAUGCCGCUUUGCAGUAUCGACUGGUACCAUUCGAGCGCGAGGAUGGCAGUCAAGGCAAACGUGUGCGCUUAUAUCUUAUUGAUCUAGAGUCAGCCAACGGAACAUUUCUGAAUAAUAAAAAAGUGGAUGGACGCAAGUACUAUGAGCUCAUGGAGAAGGAUGUCAUCAAGUUUGGCUUCAGCUCACGCGAAUAUGUGCUGCUGCAUGAGAAUAGCAAAGAGGAUCAAGAGGAUGAUGAUGUUUUUAUCAAAGAAGAGCCAUUGGAUAUUAAGCAAGAGCCACAAGACAAUGCCUAAAGCGUUAAAGUGAUU